AUGGGAACCCAGCUGGAGACAUCGUCGGCCGUAGGGACUACGACUCCCAAGUUCUCGCGUUAUCGAUCCGUGCGCCGUGCUGCAGCUGAGGAGCAGAAACAAUGCGCGGGGGAAGGCGCCCCUGCCAAAUCUCCCAGUGCAAGCAUCGCUCGGAGCAUGUCGCGCUAUCGUCGACAAAAGCCCGCAACAGCAACGACGACGACGACGCCAGAGGCAGAUCAUCCUCCAGUGCCUGCGUUGCCGCCGUCGAUCCAAGUGCCACAGCCAGUAGCGACACCCAAUGUUAGCAGCGCCUCCAAAUUCUCCGGACAGGCGCAAGAUACACGAGCAGUCCAGAAGACGCGCCUCAAUGGCACGCCGAAUAUCAAUAAACCCACCAGCAUAGAUGAUGACUCGUCAGACGACGAAGACAAGCUCUCAGAGGCCGAGAAAUCUCGCAUGAGAGAGGAAGCCAUGAGGAAGCUGACAAUGGCAGAACGGCCCAGGACAGCUUCAGCAAUCCCACAGGCCAGCCAAUCAAAGGCGGAACACAAACGGGCGUCUUGGAAGGACAAACUUGGCCUGCCAAAUCACAAAAGCGCUGCACUUCCAACUGCAGAUUCUGAAAACAUGGACUCGGGGACACACACGCUUGCGCCUGGCAUUGACGCGCCUGUGUCUGCCGUCAAUGCUGGCGAGAGAAGAGUCCUGGUCAAGUACAGGUCUAGCUCUAUCAAGCUGCCAGUGACGCCAACCACGCGCGUCAAAGAGAUCAUCUACUCUGCAGCCAACUGCUUCUCUGAGCGCGUCGAUCCCAAGAGCGCCAUCAUCGUCGAGUCCUUUUCGCCUCUGGGUCUCGAGCGGCCUUUACGCCGUUACGAACACGUGCGAGAUGUGCUCAACUCGUGGUCGGCAGACCAUGCUAAUGCUCUGGUCAUUCCAGACUCUCCAUUUGCAGGUGCCACUCAAAGGCUCGAGCUGAGCGCCGUCCUGGCCGCAGCACAGCCCAAGGACGCGAAAUUUCAGCUCUACCAUUCUUCCAAACCCGGGAAAUGGGACAAACGCUACAUCACCUUACGUGCUGACGGCCAGGUCGUGCUGUCGAAGAAAUCAGAUGCGAAGGAAAAGGACUUUGUAAACAUUUGCCACAUGUCUGAUUUUGACAUCUACACGCCGACUGCUCGCCAGAUCUCCAAGAGCAUCAGACCUCCCAAGAAGAUUUGCUUUGCUAUCAAGAGCCAACAGAAGUCGUCCAUAUUUAUAUCAACGGAGAACUUUGUGCAUUUCUUCGCAACCAAUGACUCGAUGCUGGCAGAGGGUUUCCAUGACGCAGUACAUGGCUGGCGCAGCUGGUACCUUGUGCACGUCCUGGGAGUCGGGCAGAAACAGGCAGAAGCAGCCAAUGCCAAUGCCAAUGCGAACGGAACUGCGAAAGAGUCGUCAACUCACCAACGCCAUGUCUCCACCGAUUCUGUCUCCUACCAGCUAGGCUCGUUUAAGCCAUUGAUCGAAUUCGGGCGAAACAUAGACCCGGCCAUUGCGACAGCGCCAGAGAAAACAGACAGCACGUCGUCGACUCGAGACAUGUUCUUGCGGAAGAAGAAAGCACGAGACCACGCGCCACCCCCCAGUUCCUUUCCUGUGAACGUUCCCACACUCGACACAAACACAAAACCCGAGCCUCUAUCUCCUACGCACGAUGAUGACUCUCCCUUUUCCCCAGACAGUCUUCUCGGCCGAACAUACAGCCAGCGCCAGACAGCUCAGCGCGAGCGAGAGGCCAAAGAAGCGGAGGAAACCGGCCCAUUUCUGGCCCAAGGCCUGCUCAAGAAUCUGAGUCCAACCAAUUCCGAACCGCCAUUCAGCAACCCCUCAUCAUCUAGUCGACAAAACAGUCGAUCAAACACGAUACGCUCACAUCAGGAAGGCGGCCUUUCGCAGAGUCGCUCGAACUCUGUGCGUCAAAAGGCCAAGCCACUCGUUGAUCUCACGCCCACUUACAGAGAGCCCCCUCAACAUGUACGCAAGGGACACGGCGUCAAGAUCGACGCAGGAAUCCCGCUUGUCGAAGCAGCCACUGGUCUAGAACCCGUUCCCGGCAUGCCUGCGAUUCCCUCGGCUACAACGUGGCGACGCGAAGAGACCGCGGCUCGCCCAACCACUGCCUCUGCCUCUGCAGCAGCAGCAGCAGCAAAUGAAUCUUCGUCCGCUUCGAUCUCGAGUCGUCGUCGCGCCAACACGGUGAAAGGCCAGCAGCAGCAUCAUCAUCACUAUCCCCAAAAUGGCUAUGCGAGUGUAUCAGAUGUUGCUAUGCCGUUCAUGCCCAACGGUCUCAUAGCACUUUCCAGCGGCAAUAAUAAUACAGCUAACGCGCAGGCAAAUAGUACGAGCAUUGGCCGGGGCGUUGCUACUGGCGAUCGCCAUGCGACUCGUCCGCUGCUGGAUUUGAAUCCUCAUAGCCAGUUUGUGGAGGGCAGUUUGUUGCGAAACAUAGAGCGAAAUCAAUGA